UUGACAGUGAUAAGUGGAGGCUGUUUGACCGCUGAUCCAUUACGGAUGCAGGCAAUGAGGCAGUGAUCGCUGAGAUCUUGAUUGAAAACAGGUGUAUUUGGAGGAAAGAUCAUCAAUUCGAGGCAAUUGAUGUCAGGUCAGAACCGACUAUUAUUGCAUGAUAUCAGUCAUAAAAACAGCAACAAUGUUGCGACAGAGACAAGGAGCAACAAUAUUGCGUUUGUUGAACGCUGCCUCGUAAUCUACAAGAUAGAGAAGUUGAUGUGGAUAUCUUGAUGUGCCUUUUCAACUUUGUCUGAUGUACUGAUGACACCAUCAACACAGAGGCUGAGAUGUCUGCAGCAGAACCAGAGGCCUGUGCCCUCUCCUCUUCUUCACUUGAUGUGGAAGAGAAAUGUCAGUACUAUGGCAAUUCUAGCUCUGAUCCUCCCACUGAACCACAUCCAGACAUGGACAUGUUCUGCUGUCACAGUGUCCAGGAUUCCUUACUGAGCUCUGACAGCCGCUUCACAAACUAUAGAGGGAUUCUCAACUGGAUCAUUAUCCUUCUGAUCUUGACCCAUGCUCACCUGUUCCUGGAUAACUUUAUACAACAUGGCUUCUUGAUUGACUUGACGAAAGUCUUGGAGCACCUUAUGGAGGACCAUUACAACUGGCCAUCUGUCAACCUCAUACUGGCUGCCAAUAUGUUUGCUAUUUCUGCUCUGCUACUUGAGAGGUGUCUGGAUAAGGGAACACUAUCCCCAAGUGCAGGGCACUGUUUACACCUGGGGAACCUGGGAUUACUAACACUUUUCCCUGCUGUCAUCAUUCUAUAUGAUACUUCAAUAUCAACAGGGGGAGCAUAUUUCUCACUCUGGACCUACACUGUUCUUGGGCUCAAGCUUUAUUCUUACCAAGAAACCAACAGUUGGUAUCGUCAGGGGUCUGUUCCAUCUCCAGGAACGGAUAAGUGUGUAUUACAUGAGACAAAAAAACAUCUAGAACACCUAAAUAUUAAAGACCUUUACUACUUUCUCCUGGCGCCCACUUUAUGCUACCAGCGAGACUUCCCCUUCACACCGAGGGUCCGUAUCAACGUUCUUUGUAAGACACUGAUAGAAAUGGUGGUCCUUACUCAAAUUAUUGUGGGAGUUGUGCAGCAGUGGAUUGAACCCAUCUUCCAGAGAUCAGAAAACUCCUUCUCUAAUAUGGACAUCACUACCAGGGUGGAGCACUUGAUGGAGCUUGUGGCUCCCAACCACUUCUUGUGGCUGAUGUUCUCUUUCCUGUUUUCUCACUCCUACCUGAACUUCUGUGCUGAACUGUUGUGCUUUGGAGACCGCCAUUUCUAUGGGGAUUGGUGGAAUGCUAAAACACUCAAAUGUUUUUGGGGGAAUUGGAAUAUUCCUCUUCAUAAGUGGUGCUACAGACACUUGUAUACACCACUACUGAAAAAGAGGGUGUCACAAAAGCAAGCAGAUCUGCUGGUCUUCCUGAUGUCAGCUGCCCUUUGCGAGUAUGUCAUUGCUCUGCCCUUACACAGCUGUCGUCUAUGGAUCUUCUUCAUGAUGAUCUUUGAGCUCCUGGUAGAUGUUUACCUUGGAGACUAUUUCAAGGGUAACUAUGGCAAUGGGCUGGUGUGGCUGUGCUUUCUACUGGGUCCUCCCCUGGCUAUGAUGACCUAUUUCCAUGACCACUACAUGAGUCACCAUGGCCAACAUCCUCCUGGACUGUCCGUUGCUGAGUGUUUGUCAUGAUCACUGUCGUAUACACAAUUGGAUAUAGCACUUUCGGAUACCUUUGAUAAGACUUAUGUCCAGCAAUGGACCAUUUGUAGGGAUAGUCGGCAUAUCAGACAAAUUGUUCCCAUUUUUGUUGAAAAACUCAAGAAAUUAACACCUUCACAGCUAUUCAUAAUGCUUUUGAAUUUGAACAAUCUGUGGAUACGUCAUGUAAUGAUAUGACUCAACCUCACAUGAAAGAUAUGGCUGCUUAUUCACUGUAUAUCAACAUAUGGUUUUGGUUCACCCAAUGUUACUGUAAGCUUAUGGAUUAUAGCCAACUUAUUUCAGACAACAUUAACUGCUGGGUGAAAACUAUUGGUGAACCACAACAUGUUGAAUUUAAGCACUGUUUGAAAUAUGUAGCUUCCAAUUGUUGUUACUCAGUAUGGGGAAAUGUGCUUUAAAUAAACAGCAUUUGAAGCUUU